UCAGAUACUACUUUCUUAUUACCUACCUACCAGCCUACAUACCUCUUACACGCAUUAGGCGGGGACACAACGUGCGUAUGGUUCGCAGCACAUCCUGGACUUUCCAACCCAAGGUGUUUCCUUCUAAGCGGCUAUUUACUUUUUCGUCUCUACUCUAUUCAGCAGCCCGGCCAGCCAUCUAGCCCUGUCUAUCUACCUUAUUUAUUGCCUGUCACUUAUUGCCUAUCACUUACAGUUGGGUCUCCCGCCCCCAAUGUUAAUCAUGACUUGGUUAUGAUUCACCUUGUUGUAGGUUCUACCCUCCUUCCCCUUCUCUAAUACAACAUCAUCGUACUGCUCUUUUCAGCCUACUUUAUCCUCCCUUUAUUUUAGAUUUUUUUUUUCUUAGCCUUGUGGCCUACUUUUCCUGGCCACGCUUAACCUACGAUGCCUCUCAACAUCUAAUUUCUAUCAUCACACGCGCUCCUGCUUAGCACAAGUUGUCGCCGCAUGAUUCGGAGCUAUCCCGUUCGUCCGCGUCGUGCAAUCCCCGCUGGCCUGGUAUGCGCCUUGCUAAGCAUAUCUUGAGCACGCAUCCGACUUAAACAAGUAGACGACGGGAGAAGCGUUCGCUCCCCCUUGUGCAUUCUUGGCGGCCAAAUAUUUUUUAGUUCUCUAUUCCUAACAGCAUCAUCAUGGCAGACGUAAGCGGCCCAGAUCGCCCGGAACAAUACGCAUACCCCGUAGCUGGGAACGUCUACUAUAGGCCGAGGUCUUCAGAACGGAGACACCGCCCAACUCCGAGCCUACCCACCCCGCACAUCCGACCACGCCAGCGUCGACCUCAGUCUAUCCAUAUCGUAUCCUAUCCCGCCGGCUAUACACCUCCCGACUUAAGACCGCCCCCUUUUAUCAAGUCCAAGUCGUCUAAAUUUAGGAAGGAUAAGAGUAAUAGAGCGGAAGCCAAGAAAGAAGACCCAUCAUCGGGAUAUAAAAGCCCACCACGGCGGGUAAUCGAGAGGGUGUUAGGACCUUUAAAGCUCCACUUCUCUCACUACGCGGCUGUGGACAAUCCUACUUCUCCUACUUCUCUUACUGCGCCUACUGCGCCUAGCGCCUCCGGCAAUUCGAGACCAGCCCCGAGACCGUGCACACCUAAUAAUCUUCGUGUACGACCGCAAUCCAUGUUUGUGUUUCCUUCUUCCACCACGGCACCUUCAAUGUUAGGAACUUCUGUCAUGACGGCCCCCACUCAGUGGCCAACGCUGGCGGCACCCUCGCACGCUUCGCAUCGAAAUAGUAUAAUAUCGGUGCGUUCAGCUAAAAGCAUAAUGAGCUCGGUAACCGAAGUCCCAAAACCGGUGGCGAGCGGAAGCGGAAUUUCGUGUUCUAUAAUCCUAGCCGAGCCAAAUGUUUUUCUUACCGGGUUCGAACACGACGGCCAGCCUCGGAAUGAUGCAGCCAACUCCACGGCACUAUUGAGGGGUAAACUGCAGCUGAACGUAUCCAAGAACGUGAAGAUAAAGUCGAUAACCCUUAAGCUUCACGGCAGAGCCAGGACGGAAUGGCCAGAGGGUAUCCCGCCGAUGAAGGUUGAUCAGUUCGAGGAAGAAUCGCUUAGGACUCAAGUGCUAGCAUUCUUCCAUGCCGCGCAUGAGACGGGGGAGACCGAGUUUGGGAACCAGUGUACGUAUUCGAUUCGGGGGAACGCCGAGUGCGCUGCCGGUCGCCGGGGUGCAUCUCCUUCCCAGUCGACAAUCUCUUUAGCCUUGAAGAAUAGGCCUAUUGGUCACCUAACAGCCCGUGAUUACAAGCGAUUAUCGCUUCAGUCUGUGCAGUCUCGUAGCUUCGGUAAGGGCGACACGCCCAAUCCAAAUAUCGUGCAGCAGAAGACAUACAAAGUAUUCUAUCCUGGCACCUACGAGUACUCUUUCGAAUUGCCCAUCGACCACCAUCAGCUCGAGACUACGAAACUCCAAUUUGGGUCGGUUAAAUGGGAAUUAGAGGCCAUCGUAGAGCGAGCCGGUGCCUUCAAACCCAAUCUCCAUGGCGCCAAGGAAGUUUGCAUCGUGCGCGUUCCGGAUCAGCUAUCUCUCGAAAUGAUAGAACCCAUCUCCAUCAGCAGGCAGUGGGAAGAUCAGCUACACUACGACAUAAUGAUAUCGGGGAAAUCAUUUCCUAUCGGUACCAAAAUCCCUAUUGCCUUCAAACUGACGCCGUUGGCCAAGGUGCAGGUUCACAAGCUGAAAGUGUUUGUGACCGAAUCCGUCGAGUACUGGACAAAUGAUCGACGGGUCACUCGGAAGGAUCCGGGACGGAAGAUAUUACUGCUGGAGAAGUCGGCGGGGAAGCCUCUGGACAAGCAGUUCGAGGCGUCAGAUGUGAGGGUCCUGAGCGGCGGCGAGUUGACCCCGGAUCAGAGACACGAGGCGCGCAUCGCGGCCCAACGGCGGCGGAGUAUGGAAGCGUCGAGGGCGCAUAUGGCACCCGAGCCGUUGCCCGAUCCCACGGACAACUUGCUGGGCGAUCUAGAUUUAGGGUUGGAGGCUUAUUGGGGAUCGACGGAGAUCGAGAUGAACGUCCAGAUUCCAACCUGCUCGCAGAUGGCCAAAGACAAGAGCUUACGGUUGCAUCCCGACUGCAGUUGGAAGAAUGUUAACGUAUACCACUGGAUUAAGAUUGUCAUGCGCAUCUCUCGCCUCGAUCCCGAUGAUCCAGCAGGCAAGCGGCGUCGGCAUUUCGAGAUUAGCAUCGACUCGCCUUUUACCGUCCUUAACUGCCGUGCCACACAAGCCAACACCGCUCUGCCCGAGUAUUCGGGCGCCGACCAGCCCAUGUAUCGCCAGCAGGCGAGCUGUGGUUGUCCCGACGCCGAGAUACUCGCCACGAGCCCUAGUCCUGCGUCUAGCACAGGUACAAUACCCUCCGUCGAAGCCGGUGUUAGCGUUGCCGGUGUCGAUUCUCCCGGAAUUGUACCGCCCCCAGCCGCCCAUGUGCAGCAGCAUCCAGCAGCCAGCUCGCAGCCCGUGCAGAGACAGUCUCAUAUGCCUUGGGCGCCGCGGCCUAUGCAUCUCCUAAGGUGUCCGAGCUUUAAUCCUCCGGCUUUCGACGAAGACGAGCCGCCGCCACCCAUGCCUACGCCGCCGCCGCAAUACGACGUCGUCGUCGGAACACCCAGCGUAGACGGUCUAGCCGACUAUUUUACGAGGUUGGCGAGUUACGACGACGGCGACGGCGAUUCAGAUAGUGCGGACGAAGCAGUCGUCACGCCUAGCAGACUCACAGAGCGGAGCGGACGGGUUAACGUACCUCAUCCGAGAACGCCGGGUGGGAGGAUGGUCCCGAGCAGGAGCCUGGAAAUUCAACGGCCGGCAAUACCUAUGACGCUGAACAUGGCUGGGGGUUUGUUAGAGCGUAGAGGUUAAUGGGGCCCCGCCGAUCGUCCUUGCUAGGAUAACACGCAAGGCCGUACGCCGCUCAGUGUUUAUAAACGAGCUUACGGUUUUCGAAUUUGACCUACGAUUACUAUCAUCGGUAUUGGAGUACUGGAUUGAUACCCUAACAAGGCAAAUUGGGAAAAGUUUCAUUUGAAUUCUCGCUAGAGGCUUUCCGGGAUAUUCAUUCUCAACGGGGAGGAUAUAGAUAUGUUGAUAGAAUGCAUUACCAGCGGAAGAAUGAGGUUGUAUGACGCACAUAAUUAUUGGUGGCACGAGAUGGCGUUCGGGUUGCAUUGUCGGCAGAGGCAUCACUAUUCCUAGACUCCUGCUUAUCUCACAUGGAUUGGGCUUGGUGGGUUGCAUGACGGUAUAUAUCGGUAUGAGGUGGUGGUAGUGGUAGUAUUAAAAAAUACCUAGCUGCCUGUCCUGA